UAGGGGUUUCAGACAAGAAGAUCCAAUAUCACCAUGUAUAUUUUGAUUGUGUGCAGACAUCUCGAGAAUUGUUUUUAGAAAUGAUAUACUUAUCAAAGAAAUAGUUAUACAAGAUGACGGAUUGAAAUAAAUGCAGCAUGUAGACGACACUGAAAUUUAAGUUCACUUUUGACUCGUUGGUUGAUUUACGCCCCCUCAAUAAUAAUUCAUUCACUUAGACAGAGAGACGCCAACAGCUGUAUGUGAAGUGAACUUUGCCAUUAAAAAAUAACUCUUAGCCCUUUCACCGGUUGACCAGUUUGCAACACUUUUAUUACGGUGCCCGGGUAGAGGUAGCGCUCUCACUUCUCACCGCUGCAGCCCGAGUUCGAUCCCCGUAAUCGAACGUCAGUGGUAGAAUGUGAGAGGGUAUGGUGGUCGCCUGAUUGGACACGUGGGUUUCCUCCCACAUGAUGAACCCCUAGCGCAAACAUCCGCGCUUCAAAGGGAACCUUUGGAAAUAAACUUUUGAGAUUUCAUGGGUUAUUCUUGGUGUUAAUUUAUGUAUGUCUGUAUGUAUGUAUUAACCGAAUAAACAAUUCUUUAUUUUAUUUUUAUUUGGAUUAUUUAUACACUAUAUACCAAAUAGAAAACAUGAUAAGAACUUUUAAAUAAUUUAAAAGGUACUCUACAUCGUCCUAAUGGUUGUCUUCCUUUAAUUACAUGGAUGAAAAUAUGAAUAUCAACAAUAUUGUAUAUUCAUUUCAAAUAGCAUUGCCUAGAUGAGUAGCUCAGUAGGUUAGCACGUUGACGGCUGAACUGUAGAUCGCGUGUUUGAGUUCAGCAGGGUUUUUAAUUUUUUUUUCCAGAUUGCUUUAUAGUAAAACUGCAUUUUUUUUUACUAAACAAAGUAAAUUUGAAAGUUUUCAAUUUCAAAAUAUUGUUGCACAUAUCCUCCACUUUUCAUCCACAUCAAAUUUCUCUGGUGUAGCAAUAUACCUCUUUAAUUUUAUACACACACUGGAAGAUGUUUGCAUUGUUUUGUGUGUUUAAAAUUGCAUCUUCUAGGGUUUUUUUCUAUCCUAAAAAUAUCUUGAUGUUUAGAGGACACUUCGUGGUAUAAUGUUUUGUUUGCUGAAUUCAGGGCGUCUCAGCCCCGCCACCAAACUUUGUUCCUGGGACUAUUAUAAAGUUCAAGGUCAAAAACUUUAUACCAAGCUGAACGAGGUCAACGACUCUUACUACAACCUGGCCAUUCCAUACCGUAUAAUAAUCCCACCAUAAGCCAGAUAGCGGUCAGUCUCGGAAAACAAUGGAACUUUCCGGUAUCGAGUUCGGUGCUGCAAUGAAAAAAGAGUGUUUUCAUUUUGAGGAUGGAUUUACGUUCAUUAAUCACGGGUCAUUUGGAGUUGUCCCCACAAAGAUCAGAGAAAAACAAAAACAAUUACUUGAUGUUCUUAACGAUAACCCAGGGGUGUUCUACAGACAAACAAACGUAGAACUUUUUCAAAGAUCCAUAGACGCUGCAGCCAAGUUUUUAGGAGCGGAUCCUUCUAAUUUAGUUUUUGUACAAAAUGCCACAGCAGGUGUGAACAGCGUUUUAAAAUCAUUUCCAUGGCAGAAAGGUGACGAAAUUUUGGCGUCAAUAUACACGUACAAAGCAGUGGAAUACGCAUGUAGGAAGGUAGCCGAGUUUCCCACAGGAGGACACAUUCAUCAGUUUGAGAUACGCUUCCCCAUCAAGGACGAAUCAGAGGUUGUUGAUAAUAUGACGUCAUUUCUGGACAAACAUCCCAGAAUCAAACUCGUGGUAUUAGACCAUAUAACAAGUCCCACGGCUCUUGUGUUCCCUGUGAAGAAAAUGAUAGCAGAAUGCAGAAAACGCGGAGUUUUGGUUUUAAUAGAUGCUGCGCACGCACCAGGUCAACUUGAGAUAAACCUGGAACAACUUGAUCCCGAUUUCUAUACGGGAAACUUCCAUAAGUGGGUGUUUACACCUCGAGGGUGCGCGAUUCUCUGGAUUCGUAAGGACCACCAGAACUGGUGUACUCCCCUUGUGACAUCACAUAUGUAUAAGAAGGGGAUUCAGUUGGAAUACCGUGUUCAAGGGACACGUGAUGACAUCCCAUACUUCCUGGUACCAGAUUCUAUUCAGUUUUAUCAAGACGUGGGCGGAAGGGACAAGAUCGUCCAAUACACAAAUGCCCUCCUGGACAAGGCCAGCGUGUUGAUAGCAGAGAGACUGAAUACAGAAGUACUACAGAUUCCCAAGUCUAUGGAAGCGCCUGGCAUGAGGCUCGUUUUGUUACCAGAAUUUGAGGGAUAUGAGAAGACCUGGGAAGGCUCCGAAAAAAUGUACAUGGACAUAAUGAACAAAUACAAGAUUAACUGUGCCAUUUACCCGGUACAGGACGAGCUUUAUCUGCGACUCUCUGCUAACAUUUAUAACCACAUGGCUGAUUACGAAAAGAUAGCGGAUCUUCUAUGCAAUCUUACCAGGAAAAGUUAAUGACUUCGUUUAGUCUUAG